AUGACAAUUACGAACGUAGUCCUCGUCACCGGCGCUGGAGGUUUCCUCGCUAGCUUGGUAGCCCGCGCACUCCUCGAAGACCCUCAGACUCCAAAUAUCCGCUUGAUCCUCACCGAUGUUAUUCAGCCUAAAAUUCCCUCCGGACGUGGUACCACCGAUUCCGAGCACGUAUCGACCAUCAAAGCCGAUCUGACAGAUCCUAAAGAAAUUGACGCACUCUUCAAUACACCGUUUGGUAUUCCGGAUACAGUGUAUUGCAUGCAUGGAAUCAUGUCUCGGGGAUCAGAGGAUAACUUUGAUCUCGGGUUGAAGGUGAACGCUGACUCCGUACGAGACUUGUUACAAUGCGCACGUCGAUACGGAGCACAGCUAGGACGGCUCAUUAAAUUCGUAUUCACGUCUUCUUGUGCGGUAUAUGGAGGUCCACUACCUGAUAUCAUAACACCAGAAACCAUCGCCACCCCCGAAGGUGCAUACGGACUGGCCAAAUUGUCGUCGGAACUCUUCAUUAAUGAAUUUUCAAGACGAGGACUGGUGGAUGGACGUAUACUUCGGCUUCCCACCAUCGUUGUUCGGCCAGGCCCUCCAGCAGCUGCGGCUUCUUCAUUCUUGUCAGGAAUCAUUCGUGAACCGCUGAAAGGCAUUGAAGCUACAUGUCCUAUGGGAACCAACAUAUCUUCUCCAGAACUUGACCUUCCCGUCUGGCUUUCUAGCCCCCAAACCGUCGUUCGCAACUUAAUCCACGCUAAACAUAUUUCAAGCUCUGCCUUUCCGAGGCACAGUCGAGUUGUAUGCGCACCUGGGUUCACGGCCACUAUCCGCGACGAGAUCGACGCAUUGCGGCAAGUAGGUGGGGAGGACGCGUUGAAAUUAAUCAAGUUUGAGGAUGAUCCGACCACGAAGAGAUUGGUGGAUUCGUGGCCGCAGAGGUUUGACAACACGUAUGCGUUGAGUUUGGGGUUCACGCUUGAUAAAGGCGGUAUGAUUCCAAUUGUUGAGAGUUUUAAGAAGGAUGUGGAGGCUGGGAUUGCCUAA